GUAGCGUGGCCGAGCGGUCUAAGGCGCUGGAUUAAGGCUCCAGUCUCUUCGGGGGCGUGGGUUCGAAUCCCACCGCUGCCAGCGGGUCUUUUUCUGUCGCGGCUGGAUGCAGCGCCCCCUGGCGGGCGCGCCGCCUGUGAGAGCAUUGUGGGUAGGAGGAGGGCCGCGUCCCCACGUGCCGGCCGGAGUGACGCCAACAUGGCCGCUGCCUGAGCGCUGCCCGCCGCGCACCGCCACCGGGGAGCCGGCGCCCCGCUGACCGUGCCGGCCCAGCGCUAGGUUGUGCCAAGGAAUAAGCCAAGAAAAAACUUUUUGUAUCUUAGCAUGGCAAAUGAAGAAGAUGAUCCAAUUAUACAAGAGAUUGAUGUGUUCCUGGCCAGAAGUCUGCUGGAGAAGCUGUAUCUGUUUCAGUAUCCUAUUCGUCCAGCUUCCAUGACCUACGAUGAUGUUACGCAUCUGUCAGCAAAGAUAAAGCCAAAGCAGCAAAAGGUUGAACUCGAAAUGGCCAUUGAUACUUUGAAUCCUAACUACUGUCGCAGCAAGGGAGAACAGAUUGCUCUCAAUGUUGAUGGCACGUGUACAGAUGAAACAAGUACAUAUUCCUCGAAGCUGAUGGACAAGCAAACUUUCUGCUCUUCACAAGCUGCGAGUAAUGUUUCCCGCUAUGCAGCUGCUGUUUAUAAAAAAGGUGAACUUCACCUGACUCCACUACAUGGAAUUCUUCAGCUGAGGCCAAGCUUCACCUACUUGGACAAAGCUGAUGCAAAACACCGUGAAAGAGAAGCUGCUAAUGAAGGUGGUGAUUCAUCCCAGGAUGAAGCUGAAGAUGAUGUUAAGCAAAUUACUGUAAGAUUUUCCCGCCCUGAGACCGAACAAGCUCGUCAACGACGUGUUCAGUCCUAUGAGUUCCUGCAGAAGAGACAAGCAGAAGAGCACUGGGUUCAUCUGCAUUAUUAUGGCUUGAAGGAUAGCCGUUCGGAACACGAGCGCCAGUAUUUAUUUAGUCAAGGUCAUGGCCUUGCUGAAAACACGGAAUUAAUUAAAUCUCCCAGUGAAUAUUUAAUGAUGCUGAUGCCUCCAAGCGUAGAGGAAGAGAGUGACAAACCAAUGGCUCCAAGCAAUGUGCUUUCUAUGGCCCAGCUGAGAACUUUACCCCUUGCUGAUCAGAUCAAGAUCCUGAUGAAGAAUGUGAAGGUCAUGCCAUUUGCAAAUCUGAUGAGUUUGCUAGGCUCUGGGACUGACUCUACGGCAGUUCUCCGCUGUAUACAGCAGGUGGCAAUGCUGGUCCAGGGAAACUGGGUGGUGAAGAGUGAUGUCCUCUACCCAAAAGAUACUUCUAGUCCACAUAGUGGAGUCCCUGCAGAAGUGCUCUGUAGAGGGCGAGAUUUUGUUAUGUGGAAGUUCACACGGGACCGCUGGGUUGUGAGAAAGGAAGUGGCAGCAGUUACAAAACUUUGCCCAGAAGAUGUGAAAGACUUCCUAGAGCACAUGUCUGUGGCAAGAAUAAACAAAGGUUGGGAGUUCAUGCUCCCUUAUGAUGAAGACUUUGUUAAGAAGCAUCCAGAUAUAGUUCAGAGGCAACAUAUGCUGUGGAUGGGCAUUCAGGCCAAAUUAGAAAAGGUUUAUAAUCUCUUAAAGGAGCACUUGACACCAAAGAAACAAGAGGCGCAAUCAGGUCAUCCAUUGCUGGUUUCUGGGGAGCAAAGGGUCAACAUGGCUAAAGCAAAAGUCAAGCAGAACUAUGGGCAGCUGGAGAAGGAGUUCCAGAAGCAAAAGGCAGAGAUGAAAUCAAAUGACACCUCGGCUAAGAUGGAUGUUUCCAAUAUCCGCAUUAAAGAGGAGCCUGUGAGUGACGAGGAGCCAAUGGAUACCUCAGCUUAUGAGGGCAUGAACAACGGCAUCGUCAAUGGCCUCCAUACGGAGGACUCCAUGGACUCUCUGAAUGGCCACUUGCCUGGAGGCUGCAUUGACAGAGUAGCCCAAGAACUGAAGGCAUUUGUGUCAUCAACGUUUAAGAAACAGUUUGUACUCACCCUGAGUGAGCUUAAACGGUUAUUUAACCUUCACUUAGCCAGUCUGCCUCCAGGACAUACGUUGUUCAGUGGCAUUUCGGACAAAAUGUUACAGGACAUGGUGUUGGACACUGGCUGCAAACAGAUUUUGGUGCCUGAUCUAAGGCAGUCCCAGAUUCCCAUCAGCUUCUCCUGGAGUUGCACAAGCUCCUUCUCUCAGGGACAAGGACACAGUGAGCGAGGAAAUGUGGCACUGACAGCCUGGGAGCAGCAAGGCACACCCAGCAGAUCCCUCUGGGAAGUGACAAACUCUAUGUGCAGCAGGUUUCUUUGGUCAGGCCUUUUCCUCUUAGGCUGUGCAGAGGUGUCUUUUUGUUUCUUUGUCUUUAUGGAAAUGACAUGUGUGAUUGUGAGAGACAGAGCAGGUUUGUGUGACAGUCCAUUGCUUAGGAAAGGAAAAGGAAUUUGGCAUCAUGGGAAAGAGCCUAAAAGGAAAUUAAUUUUACAAGACAUCUGGCAGUGCUGAUUGGGUUGCAGUCAGAAAGAGCUUGGGAGUCAGCUGCCUUGGGGAGAGAGAAAGAGACGUGUGAACUGCUUGAAAGAGCAGGCAAGGCAGAAAGAGCAGGAAGCAGGCAGGCUGACGAGAGAGCCUGGAGCAUGGGAGUUGAUACCCGGCUAAGGAGUAAGGGUUGCUACCAAGGGGGGUGCAGAAAUAACAUGUUCAGUCAUGUGCAGAGUACGUGUUGUGGCACUUGGGAACCGAGUAACAGACUUGAAAUGCCACGAGGGAGACCAUGGAUUUUGGUACUUUCUGUUUUCUCUCCUGACAGCUUCCAAGUCCUGGGGUAAUGUUUGCCUGGAACUGCCUCCUAGUGCUGGCUAGGCUGUCCUUUGUACAGGGUGCUGUGUGUGCACUUGCCAUGCUGAUGGUAAAUAGCUGAGGUCAUUGCUGCCCUAUUACUGGGACUUGUUUGCAUUUUGAAAUUUUGGGAUUUCGGAAAUGAUGCCAUCCGCUCUUUGCUUAAAGGCUGUGAGGAGUGUGAGUGGGAUAGUUACUUCUUUUCAAAAGUCAACCAAAAUAAAAUCCUCCUGAAGAGAGGUGGUUGGGAUCUUCCUUCUGUCUGGAAAACCCUGUCACAGGACAUCUGCAGAGGUGCAGAAGUGGUCACUGGAAUGUCUCUUGCUGGAGGUCUGCUCUCAGUUUUAGUUCUGCCAACCCAGAAUUUACUGCAAAACUUGAGAUCUGGUACAGGAGCCUGUGUAAGCCUGUGCUUUAUGUGCAAUGUAAAUCAUUACCCCCAAGCCUCCCUCUGGUGCUCUGUGUAGUUGGCAAAGGUGCUUGGGCUGGUUUUACUUCUUACAUGGGCUCAUACGCUUGGGUUUUUCUUGAUUGUUCCCCUAGACAGUUUUGUCAGAAGCUGAUGAGGGUGCCUGAGCUCAGGGAAAGCCUGCAGGGUUGUUCAGCGUGGGAUUGCAGAGUUGCUCAUUAGUUUUCUGUAAUUGAAAGUGCUUUGGUGAUAAAAAUCAAUGAUCUGAGGUAAUUAAAAUGAUGUUCUGUGGGGGGUGAAGAGACUCUUGGCUUGCAUGCUGCUCUAUUAUAGAAAACAUGUUGCUGAAAACGGCAGUUGAAACCUUACCAGGGUAAUGCAGGAUAUAGUACAAAGCUGACCGACUGCACCCAGGCAAAUAUAUAGUAUUUGUGGGGAGCCAGAAGAGAUGCUACUCCAGCUGCAGAUGAGGCUGUGGGUCACCUGCAAGAUGCUGUGCUUUGUAGCAUCCUCAAGUUGUGGAGAAUUAGUGAAUCCUGGGCAGAUGCACCAAGUGCAGGGGGCUGCUGCUGCCAUCAAGAGAAGGGUGAGUAGAGGCAUCCUCAGCAGACAGUCCUCACUGUGUCUAUGUGUGUGUGUCCAGAGCUUGCAUGUGUCCAGUCCCAUGGGAAAUGUUCCUGCAGGAAUCUGGCUCCCAAGUACCUACACCCAUUCCUGCAGCCUGGUGGGGUGCAUGGUGGCGGCUGGCUCCUUCCCAUGGUCAGUGCAGUGACAAGGUUCUGCCCAAAUCUUGAGGAUAUUUUUGAGGCAUCAGGAAAUGAUGCAACCGUGGCCAGCAUCCUGUCUGGCCAGGGUAACAGGAGGAAUGCAGCCCUGCGCUCCUGGUGAGCCUUGUGGGCUAGUGCCGAUUGCCAGGCUCCUGGCAAGGAAAGCUCCACAGUUUACCUUUAGGAUUAAUCCAGCUGAUAAGUUUUUUCUGGCAGACUCAACCCCUUUCUGUCUGGUUUAGCUGCCUGGCUAUUUUUAGUGUGUGCUCAGUGCUUGAGUGAGACACAUCCCAAAGCCAGGGGCUCCUCCCUGAGAGCUUCCGUUUGAACGCGGCAGCCCUGCGGACCUGGGGCAGCAGUUUGUCUCCUGAAAGCCCUGCACUCACUCUGCAGCUUAGAACAGGAAGGGGCACAGGGCAAGUAUUUCAGAGAAGGAUUUUAAGGCAGUGGAGAGCUGUUUCAAGGUGAGGCUGGAGGAAUUAAGAAAAUGCACAUAAAAUGGCAAAGGGACAGUGGAUGGCAAGAGAGUAAAGCUGUUUGGACAGAGCAGCAUGUCUCUUCAGAGUUGCUGUUGGCAUGUCCCACUUCUGUGCUCAGGCUGUAUGACAGCAAGGAGUGGGACGUCUGAUUGUGAGAGACAGAGCAGGUUUGUGUGACAGUCGAUUGCUGUUGGCAGCAGUGUUUGCAGUUUGCAGAGUGAGGCUGGACAGGAGGAGGAGAUUCUGUGGGGUUUUCUUCCCAAAUAAGUAUUGUGUUGGUUUGGAAGCUGUUUCCUCACCAAAUGGCCAGAUAAACACAGCCGCAUUUCAGAUGUGUGGCUGAGGCAGGAGUUUGCGCUCCAGGUCUGUGCUGAGUGACUUUCUCAGAUGAGGCAGCUCGUGGUUGGGUGCUCCCGGUGCCCUGCACUCUGCCUUUCCUGCUGCAGCUCUUUUCUGGAGGGGAGCUGAAGUAUUUCAUUUUAUCUGUGUUGAAAGCAUACAAGAGAUAUCAUUCCUCAAAAGCAAGUGUCCUUACAAGAAUUAUGUCAGGUGUUGCAAGCCCAAUAAACCAAGUAUAAAACCUUGUUAUAGUCCAGCCAUUUGGACCAAUGUGAGAGCCACAGCUGCUAAUCCCACUAGGCAGUUCCUGCUGGACAAAACUCUUUCUCUUUGCAAUGAGAUCAGAGGCAGAGCAUGAAAGGAAGGGCUGAUCUUUCACUCUGCGAUGCACAAGUCUGUUGGUGUGGUGUGAGUGAGGCUGGGAAGAAAGGCUUGGUUUGUCCCAGCAGCCGGGAUUGAGGGAUACUGGAACAAUCAGGGCUGGCUUGUUAGCUUUUCAUUGAUGAUUGAUUUUAGGUCAUCUGGAUGAUUAGCAAGGAAUAAAUUGUUAGUGACAGAUAAGAAGAGACGUGUCAGGAGUGAAAGCAUAUUCAGCAUUGCUUGUUAGUCACUGCUCCAAGGGGAAGUGUUAAGGCAAAUGGAUGGCAUUUUAUUUUUCAGGAGUUUGGAGUAUGUAGGGGAGGCAGUUGUGUUCCUUCCUGUGUGCAGGCAUUUGAGGCCUCUGCCUCAGACAAAACAAAUGUAUCUCUCUAUAGCUUGACACAUGUGGGAGGGGGAACGCGGAUGUCAGGAAAAAUCUAGACAUCUUGCCAUGAGAUGCUGGCUAAGGUCCAGGCCCUGGGGUUGUUCUGGUACAUGGGUAUUGACCCUCCACCAGUGGGAAACAGUCCUCCUUCAAAAUCCAUGGAAUUCCAGUAAGCCCAGCAGUUCCUUUUAAAGCUCUGAAAAAAGGUUGGUGGUGUGCCAGACAUGGCAGCAGGGCCCAUGGUGUGGAUUACCCCACCGUGACCAGGAGCAUCAGUUAAACAUAUUGGGCAUAUCAAGGCACACAUCGUGGUGCAUGCUCAUCCCAUUCCCUAAGCCAUAGUUAGCUCCUCAUUAAUUCAGGGUCUGUGUGCUUCAGGAUCACCAGCAGCACAGGUGUGAUACAGAUGCUGUCUCUGCUGAAGUCACUGGGCCUCUGAGAAGGUGUCUGCCCUGUGCCUGCAGCACGGGCUGUGCCAGAAGAGGCACGGGGGCUGAUAGAGCAAGGUUACCUCUUCUAAUGUGGAAUGGGAGAGAAGCUUAUAUUGUUUCAGCAGUUCUCAUUACAUGGCAACGACAUUUUUGAUUCAGUAAUAGGUGGCCAGGGAUACUGUAUCAUAGAAUCAUUAAGUGGAACUCAUUAAAUAGAUGGUUAUUUUUAACAGGCUCUUGU